AUGCCAAAAGUGCGUGCAAAGGACCAAGGCACGAGUAGCGAAAAAUGCACCUUUGUAAACACUACUGACACGCCACUGUGGUUCACGCUCGAACACGCACGUGUUGCUGCUGAGCACAAAUACAUUUUCAACAUUGUUCAAGCUACCGUUUACAGUGCUAAUACCGAGGGAACGUUUGCCUAUAACAAACAAGCAGUGCAGCCAUCACCUAUAAUGUCGGAAUGGGACAUCGAAUUUGACGUGAAGCCGAUACCUACCGCACGGAAGAUACGCGUAGAAAGGGAAUUAGACGACGUUGUCCAGACUCUGAAGGCAACGGUAGCUGUUAUGCUCGUGGUUACAGGAAAUUACAAAAUCAACCCGCGCUUGCCAGCGGCAUCUUGGUGGCUGUAUGUUACCACUACAGCCAACCUAGCGUACGAUCCACAGGACGGACUACUUUUGGGUCGAGAUGUAAUUGAACAGGCUGAUAUUGUACAGGCAGGAUCCAUGCAUCAAAUGAUGAGAGAAAAGCUAGAGUUUUCUAAGUCUCCGCUCUGGAGCUCCGCAAUGCAUUUACUGGCGAAGCUUGCGGCCAUAAAGUGGGAGACGACAGAAGUUGCCUUGCAGGCUAUCUUAAGCGAGCUUUACCCUUCACUUAAGGCGCAACAAUCACACAUAAUUAUCAGUACAGUAUCCGAAAUCUUUACAGGCAAUUGGGAUGCAGCAUUACUGUUGGCCGCGUACACCUUUCGACUUAUUCCUCAAUUGGCUGAAGACGUGUACAGUCACUACACAAAGAACUACACCGAAAUCGGAACAUGGUCAAAAUUAACCAAUUUGCCACCAAUGACAGAGGACGGAUUCGAGUUUUUGAAGUCCGAGUUACAGGCAUACGGAUUAUACUUGGGAGUGAUUGCUGCAAAAGACGUUACAGGUAGAAGUGCUCCUCCACCAACAGUCAUUCCGUAUGAAUAUCAGAAGGGAAAGAUUUACAUGAAAACGGUGUCCUUGAGACUAGAAGAUCUGAUGUCUAAGAAGGACAGGGAGGCAAAGAAGAAGGCACAUGCUGAUGGUAAAAGGAAAGAAGUUGCUGGAGUUACUAAAGUGAAUGCAAAGAAGAGCGGUGGAAAGAGGAGAGACUUCCAGAAAAAGCUGUAUGCCGAGAUGCAAUGUCUAACAUUGCAGCCAUCACUACGGGCUUGA